AUGGGGAUUUACAAAAUCACUAGACACAUAGACAGGGGCGGAUCUACAUUGAAGCUGAAUGUGAUAUACGAUUGUCUUGUUAAGGCGAAGAUUGAAGACAUUUGCAGCCUCGACAACCGUGACCUCCAUUGGGAACUCGUCCCUAAACCUGAGGGUUGGUGGCGAGGGGGUAUGCCGAUAUUUGUGCGUAUUCUCAAUGGAAAAACCUUCACUUUGUCACUCCAAUCGGGCCAGAAAAUCUCCCGCUUGCAAUACCGGAUCAUGAAAAAAGAAGAUAUUCCCGGGUACAUGCGGAAGCUAUUCUUGGCCGGAAUGAGUCUGCAGGUGGGAGACCAUACGCUGGCACACUACAACAUUGUUGCGGGGUCCACCCUGGAUCUUGUGGUGAAUGGAAAGGAAGUGGCGCCAAACGCAGAGAUAUCUGUAGAGACCGCCUGUGGAAAGAAGUUCCCUGUGGUGGUUAAUUACGACCUUUUGAUCGAAGACGUGAAAAAGUUGAUUGAAGAUAAGGUUCACAUUCCCCUGAAGCAGCAGAGGCUGGUCUAUGACGGAGUGGAGCUUGAAGACGCACGCCUCCUGCGAUCGUACGACUUCCAGGAAAAGGACACCUUCUGGCUUGUGAUUGAUGACGCAUCCAUGGAGGUGAAGACAAGGGUGUCGAUGAGGAUUCAGAUCCAGGUUUCCGCCACUAAGAAGACCAUCCACUUAGAUGUGGGAAGCACAGACACCAUUCACGAUGUGAAAGCCAAGAUUCAGGCCCGGGAACACAUUCCUACGGGUCAGCAGGUUCUGUUUUUGCCUGAUAGGCGGCUAUACGUGGACGCCUUUACCCUUGACGACUACUUUAUCCACAAUGGAUCCACCCUCUAUCUUGCUCAAGUUCUUGGUGAGACACUUCUCGAGAUUCUCUUCCAGGAGGAUAUCGUGUCUUGA